GUUGAUGUAUAUAAUACAAGCCAUAUAUGAUCAGUUUAACACUGACUGCGAAGAUGGACACUUCAUACUAUAAAAUCAAUAAAUAUUUGUAUUGUACUAUUGGCCAGUGGCCUACUCAAACGAUAUUAAAAAAAAUAUUUUUUACAUUCACUAUUGCACUUAAUCUUUUAUCUCUAUUACUUGGAGUGGUGUUAGGACUAGUCAAAGUUUGGGGUAACAUCGACGAUAUAAUUAAAGGUUUACCUUCAUUUUUGGUUAUUGUCGCGAGUAUUAUAUACUUAAUUGCUUCUUGCUUUAAUAAAAAAAAAAUGUCGUUAAUUCUAUUAAAAAUAAAAAAUGAUUGGUCCACAUGGACGACAGGUACAGAAUUAAAAAUAUUAAAAGAAUAUGCAAAUCAAGGAAGAAAAUAUGUUCAUGUGUAUUCAAUUUUAAUGUUAUUGAACAUGAUUGAUUUUCUUGGCUCUCCUCUUAUUCAACCAUUCAUGGAUUUUAUUUUACCAUUAAAUGAAUCACGACCAAGAAGACUUAUAAUUGAAACAGAUUAUUUAAUAAUUGAUCAAGAUGCAAAUUAUUAUUGGAUUGCACUCCAUACUUGUCUCUCAACAACUGCUGUAACAAUUGUUGUUGUUGGCAUUGAUUCAAUGUUUAUUGCUGUUAUUUAUCAUGCAUGUGGUGAACUUGCAAUUUUAAGAUUUAAAUUGAAAAAUCUCACAAACAUGGAGAAGAAUUUGCCUAAAAGAAAUAUUUAUGAAGAAAUAAAAUUUUGUGCUAGAAAACACAAUUCAGUCAUAAUAUUUGUUAAGGACAUCACUGACUACUUUUCGAUUCCGUCUUUCAUAGUUUUGGGAAUUAAUAUAUUAAUGAUUAGUGUAACAGGAGUACAGACAGUGGUGAAUUUAAAUAAUCCAAAAGAUGCCCUUACGAGUGCAAUGUUUACUUUAGGACAAAUAUUUCAUCUUUUUUAUCUUACUGUGCCUUGUCAAUAUUUAACUGAUCACAGUAUAAAAUUAUCCGAAAGCAUAUACGAUGGAUAUUGGUAUGAAAUGCCAAUUGGAUCGCAAAAAUUAUUAUUAAUGAUAAUGCUAAGAAGCACAAAACCUUGUUCAUUUAUUGCUGGCAGUUUAUAUACAUUUUCGAUGGAGAAUUUUUCCUCGGUGGUUCAAAAAUCGAUGUCAUACUUUACUGUAUUGUUGUCGACAGUGGUGAAUUUAAACAAUCCAAAUGAUGCCCUUACGAGUGCAAUGUUUACUUUAGGACAAAUAUUUCAUCUUUUUUAUCUUACUGUGCCUUGUCAAUAUUUAACUGAUAACAGUAUAAAAUUAUCCGAAAGCAUAUACGAUGGAUAUUGGUAUGAAAUGCCAAUCGGAUCACAAAAAUUAUUGUUAAUGAUAAUGCUAAGAAGUACAAGACCAUGUUCAUUUAUUGCUGGCAAUUUAUAUACAUUUUCGAUGGAGAAUUUUUCCUCGACAGUGGUGAAUUUGAAUAAUCCGAAAGAUGCCUUUACGAGUGCAGUAUUUACUUUAGGACAAAUAUUUCAUAUUUUUUAUAUUACUGUACCUUGUCAACAUUUAACAGAUCACAGCAUAAAAUUAUCCGAAAGCAUAUACGAUGGAUUUUGGUAUGAAAUGCCAGUAGGAUCUCGAAAAUUAUUGUUAAUGAUAAUGCUAAGAAGUACAAGACCAUGUUCAUUUAUUGCUGGCAAUUUAUAUACAUUUUCGAUGGAGAAUUUUUCCUCGCAAUCGGAUCAGUCGAACAUUGACUAUACGAAGAUGGACAGGUCUUACUAUAAAAUCAAUAAAUAUUUAUUUUGUUCUAUUGGUCAGUGGCCAUAUCAAACAAAAUUUAAACAAAUAUUAAUAACAUUAACUGUUUCUUUUUAUGUUAUAACUCUACUAAUAGGAGAGAUUUUAGGACUAUUGAAAGCUUGGGGUAAUUUAGAUGACGUAAUUAAUUGUAUGCCACCAAUUUUUUUUAUUAUCGGUAGCAUUAUAUAUUUCAUCACUUCUUGUUUUAAUAAAAAGAAAUUGGCAUUAAUACUUUCCACAAUAAAUAACGAUUGGUCCAUUUGGACAACAGGUACUGAACUAAAAAUAUUACGGCAAUAUGCAAAUCAAGGGAGAAAAUAUGUUUAUGUUUACUCAUUUCUGAUGUUAUUGAAUAUGAUUGAUUUUCUUGGCCAUCCUCUUAUUCCACCAUUAAUGGAUUUAAUUUUACCAUUAAAUGAAUCACGAAUUAAAAGACUUAUUAUUGAAACUGAUUAUUUAAUAAUUGAUCAAAAUGAUAAUUAUUAUUGGAUUUCAUUACAUACAAGUGUUUCAGUAACUUUAUUACUACUUGUUGUACUCAGCAUGGAUUCAAUGUUUAUUGUUGUUUUUUAUCAUGCUUGUGGAGAACUUGCAAUUUUAGGAUUUAAAUUGAAAAAUCUUACAAAAUUAGAUGUGAAUAUGUCUAAAAUAAAUAUUUAUCAAGAAAUUAAAUUUUGUGCUAAAAAACACAAAUCAGUCAUAAAAUUUAUCAAUGAUAUCACUGGUUACUUUUCGAUUUCGACUUUUAUAAUUUUGGGCAUCAACAUGAUUAUGAUAAGUGUAACAGGAGUACAGACAGUGGUGAAUUUAAACAAAUUGAACGAUGCUUAUACAUAUGCGUUCUUUACUAUGGGACAAAUAAUUCAUAUUUUUUGUCUCACUCUCCCUUGUCAGUAUUUAAUAGAUCACAGCGUAAAAUUAUCCGAUAGCAUAUACGAUGGAUACUGGUAUGAAAUGCCAUUAGGAUCACAAAAAUUAUUAUUAAUGAUAAUGAUGAGGAGUACAAAACCAUGUUCAUUUAUUGCUGGAAGAGUAUAUAAAUUUUCGAUGGAGAAUUUUACAGCGGUGGUUAAAACUUCGAUGUCUUAUUUUACUGUAUUUUUAUCAGCAAGAAAGUAAAUUACACAUCAAUAAAAAAACUUUUCUCGCCGUUGGCUAA